AUGGCAAUAAGAAAUGACUUGAGGAAAACCAUCAGGAGGAUAGCACGUUUUUUUUACUGGUUCCCCAAAUCGUUGAGCAGCUCAAGGAGGAGAACAGUAAAACUUCUCUGGAAGUCUGCUGAUUGCCAAUACACCUGCCAUGCUCACUGCCGAGAUCUGGUGCACCUGGGCUGCCGGCAGAAUGGAAAAUUAAUGGACUGCCUCUCCCCACAUGACACCUUAGAUCCAUCUUACAACGACGGUCAGGAUGAUGAGAAGGAGAGAGAACCUCAUGUUUAUCUCAGUAAAGAAGAAGUUAAAGAGAAGAUACAAAGCUAUAAUUCAUCUGUCACUGAUAAAUUAAAGAUGACCUUGAACGCGAACGGGAUUUACACUGGCUUCAUCAAAGUUCAGAUGGAACUAUGCAGACCGAUCACUGUGCAGUCUUCCCAGAGCCAGGGGAGGUGUGCUCACAGCAAUAAUGAAACUGCUUUUUACUUGCCGGAGGGUUGCGUGAAUACCCUUCACAUCAGCAGCACCAAUACUGUUCGGGAAGUUAUUGAGGCCUUGCUCAAGAAGUUUUUUGUGGCUGACAACCCUGCGAAGUUUGCACUUUAUAAACGCUGUCACAAGGAAGACCAAGUUUAUACAUGCAAGCUGUCAGACCGAGAACAUCCCCUCUACCUGCGUUUGGUGGCAGGCCCCAGAACAGAAAUGCUCAGUUUUGUUCUACGUGAGCAUGAAACUGGGGAAGUUAUGUGGGAAGCUUUUACUAUUCCUGAACUGCAGAACUUCUUGCGUAUACUGGAUAAAGAGGAAAACGAGCAACUGCAAAUCUUAAAGAAGCGUUAUGCAGCUUACAGAGACAAACUUGAAGAAGCCCUUGGUGGGGUGUGGAAACCUGGUUAAAAGGGGGCCAAAGGACACUCAGGAAAAAUGCACGCUACCAAACGUCUGUAUAGCAUGCCAAACCCAACGUACAAAGAGCAGCAGAGAGUAGUUUUCUUUAUUCGGAAGACUGUUUUGUGAUGCCAGGGUACCUGAAUUUUGCUAUAGACUUAGUUCCAUAAGCCAGGUCACUUAGCAUCUUGCAUCCACACGUAAGGGAUUCUGCAUGUUUGUACAUCAGUUUGCAACCCUCUGUGUGCCUAGAGAGUUUUCCAAGUUAUCUUGGUGCAAGCUGUGAAACUGUAAUCAAUUUUCUAGGAUGCUAUGAAAUAAGAUUUUUUUAUAUUUUUUUCUUUGCUUUAAUGGUAGCUUUACAAGUAAGGAUGUGCAAAUUGAUGGGUUAAAAAAAUGAAUAAAACCAUCUGGACAGGAAUUAUUUGGAGCACUAUCUUUGAGAUGAAAUUGAUUUGCACUACCUUUCUGUUUUCAAAAUAGUUACUGUAUAAUUUGUGAGAGAACUGUUAUAGAUGGAAGGAAUAUGAGAUCUUGUGGCUUGUUCUGUGAAAUUUGUGGAAGGCUUUAAAGUGGUCUUUCUGGAGAAGGUAAAGAGAAAGUUGAAAAGAAGGUAAGAGUUGAGGGAGAACUCAGCUGACAGAGGAGGACUGGUUUUAAAUGGAAAUAGUAUUUAUACGGAGCAAAGUUAAAAUACUAAUUCUACAAGAUUAAAGUUUUAGGAUGUUAUAAUAUUGUGAAUAAGUUUUAUGGUUUUUUAACUGCAUAAAUCCACACUGGAAAAGAAAUAAAGAUAAUGGUAGUAAUGGGAAGGAAUGAGAAGCAAAAGCUAAAUAAGAAUGGAAAUGGAGCUGCACAUACAAGUUGUUGUUGGAGAAGCUGGUUCCAUAAAUGUGUAGUGGGGGGUUGAAAAGUGCAGCAGAGCUAAAAGGUGGGUGCUUACUUGAAUUCUGAAAAGUGGACUGUGUCUUGCAUAACUGUGAGAAAUGCCCAUCUAGCAAGGGUUUAGACAUAAGCCAUAACUACAGAUGCAUUUGGUCUUUGUUGUAAGUCAGAUCUUCCCUCUGGCUCAGCGAUCCAUUUUCAGGCUGGGUAAUUUUGAAUUAUCAUAUCUAAAAGACAAAAAUAGCUUCCUCUGCUUCUUUGUGUUUUUUUUUUUUUA